GAGGACGCUCAGAGCCCAGCUCUUGAGAGUUCAAGCAUCCGACGGUUCCCCACUGCUCCCAGGAGCGGUUACCCGGGCACUCUGUGCCCCUCAUUCCUGUUUGGGCCAAGGCCGAGGACCUGCGAGUAGGGCUCAGUUGCCUGGAGCCCCUUCAGCCCAUCCCCCAGUUCACUUUGCUUGUGGGAUCUCCCCGUUGCUCCUGCCUCUGGACUGAAUGGCAGGCCAUCCUACAAGCACCCAGACACUCGACAUCAGUGGUGUCAAGACAACUCUAAGAAGGUUUUCCGUGAUCCUGCAAGACCUGUGUUCCAUCCUGGUGAUUCUGCCUUCAAUUUCACUGCACAGGUACCACAGCAAGCCAGUGUUGUGUGCUCCGAGUUCCAGUGCAUCCUCCAACUCAGCCACUACACUGAGCACAAGGACUCUGUGGGGCCCAGGAGCAGGUAGUCACCCCUUUGGGGUCCACAACACCCGGCUGUCCCCAGACUUGUGUCCAGGGAAGAUAGUGUUGAGGGCCCUCAAGGAGAGCUGGGCAGGGAUGCCUGAGCAGGACAAGGACCCUAGAGUCCAAGAGAAUCCUGAUGAUCAGAGAAGGGUCCCCAAGGUCACCGGGGAUGCACGGUCUGCAUUUCGGCCCCUGCGGGACAAUGGAGUUCUCUCUCCCUUUGUGCCCAGGCCCAGGCCUCUGCAGACAUACCUCCAUGCCCAGAGGUCAGAAAUCAGAUAUAACCAGACAUCCCAGACCUCCUGGACGAGCUCGUGCACCAAAAGAAAUGCCAUCUCCAGCUCCUACAGCUCCAUGGGAGGCUUGCAGGGGCUAAAGCAGAGGAGGGGGCCACCCUCAUCCCACUGCCAGCUGACCCUCAGUUACUCAAAGACAGUGAGUGAGGACAGGCUUCAGGCUGUCUCUUCGGGUCACACAAAGUCUGAAAAAGGGGCAGAUACAGCACCAGGGCAGACACUCGCCCCAAGGGGUGGCUCCCACAGAUCCCAGGCCUCUAAGCCCCAUAGACGCAAGAUUCCCCUGCUGCCACGCAGGCGAGGGGAGCCUUUGAUGCCGCCACCUCCCUUAGAGCUGGGGUACAGGGUAACUGCUCAAGACCUGCACCUGGAAAAAGAGGCGGCAAUCCAGCAGAUCAACAGUGCAUUGCAGGUGGAGGACAAGGCCAUCUCAGACUGCAGACACUCACGGCCUUCCCACACUUUGUCCUCACUUGCAACAGGGGCGUCGGGUGUGUCUCCCAUUUCUAAAGCACCCACUAUGGAUGCACAGCAGGACACACCCAAGUCCCAAGACUGCCUGGGCCUAGUGGCCCCCCUAGCAUCUGCUGCAGAGGUCCCCUGUACAGCUCCCCUGUCUGGGAAGAAGCACAGACCACCAGGACCCCUGUUCUCCUCCUCAGAUCCCCUUCCUGCCACCUCUUCCCACUCCCGGGACUCAGCCCAGGUCACCUCGCUGAUUCCUGCCCCCUUCACAGCUGCAAGCAUGGAUGCCGGCAUGAGAAGAAUGUUUUGUGUUCGAAAUUGUUUGAGGGGUUUGGGUUUAGUUUUGUUGGUUUUUUUUUUUUUUUUUUUGCUUACAUGGGCAUCCUUCAGCUUUUAA